AUGCCGGCAAAACAUGUUCAGACUGAGCAGAGCCAGAAGCAGGACCCGACGGAGAGAAGAAGGUUGCAGAAUCGGCUUUCCCAGAGAAAUCACCGCAGGAAGAUCCGCGACCGUAUCGCUAAGCUACAAGAACGAGUAAUCGCCAGCGAACUCCGAGCUGCAGCGACACUUCACGGGUGGCAGUCGGCACCAUGCAUUCCGUACGCAGUCAAGCCCUCGCCGUCGUCUACUUCCUCGUCGUUGUCGUUGUCACCAUCGGUCUCGUCCUCUCCUCCAGAAUUACAGUGUCCGCCGACGGCCACCUGCGCUUCGUAUAAUAUGAGUCUCAACCCGAUGGCUCCUUUGCCUGUUUUGUCGACGCCGCCAAUGUAUGACGAUCCGAGUGGAGGGGCGGGAGGAAGCGUCGGAAGCAGCGGCACAACAACUCCACUAGUCGCUCCAGACAGUGACGGCGGCGCUGGGCUCUUGGGUACCGGCUUUGGACUCGAUGCGAUGCAAAUGUGCGAGCAAUGGGGAUUUCAGGGGUCUGUGUAUUUAGCCACGGAGACAUCGCUACCGCAGAUUCUGCAGACACUCGGCCCGUCGUCGAAUGCGAUUAUUCUUGUUCCAACACCCGGAUACCCGGUGGGUGUGGAUUCAGGCGCGGUCGGGUAUACACAGGGUCAGACGAUGGAUAUGGCGACAUGCCAGUGCCAGAGCUUUGGGUGGAUGAACUGCCCGCUGCAUUUGGGAUAG